CCUUCUUCACCCUCAGUUGGUUUGCCAGCUUCAGUGACAGUAACUACGUACGUACUGUAAGCUGGAUUUGUCUGGACCUCUGGUGCGCUGGUGGCUCCCGCUGUCCGUCACGCCGCCCGUGCGCCCGCUCCUGAGCCGUGACGUGUCCCUCUCGCGGUGCCCCGGCCGUCUGCUGCCAAGCGGGGCACACGUACCAAGACACGAUCCACACGACAAGCUUCUUCAACUAGCCCCCACUCCGACUCCAUCGGCCGCCGCUCGUCCUUCCUCUUCUGCCCCGGCCAGCCGCCUCUUCCUCCUUCCUUCCUUCCCCGGCUCAGCCCGCCGCACCUGCCGUCGUCCCGUUCCGCCAGCCAGCCAUCAUCUCAGAGUAGCCGUCGUCGUCGUGGUCGUCUGGCCGAGAAGGAUGGGAGAGUCGCCAUCACCGGCGCCGGCGCCGGCGGCUGCCGCCGCCAAGGUGUACUACGAGGGGUGCCCCGGGUGCGCCAUGGAGCGGAGGAAGGAGAGCAGCACGGGGACCCCGUACAAGGAGCUCUUCUUCGUCGGGAUCACCACCUUUGCAUCAUCUUUGCCGAUCACGUCGCUGUUCCCGUUUCUCUACUUCAUGAUACAAGACUUGCACGUUGCUCAAAGAGAAGAAGAUAUUGGAUUCUAUGCUGGAUUUCUUGGUGCAUCAUAUAUGGUUGGUAGAGGUUUCGCAUCGAUCUUUUGGGGCAUGGUUGCAGAUCGCAUCGGACGAAAGCCUGUAAUUGUAUUUUCACUUUUCACGGUCAUUGUGUUCAACACUUUAUUCGGAUUAAGUGUGAAAUAUUGGAUGGCUAUCACUACAAGGUUGCUUCUUGGUGCACUAAACGGAUUUCUAGCACCAAUCAAGGCUUACUCCAUUGAAGUUUGCCGGGAUGACGAACAAGCUUUGGGCAUAUCAAUUGUCAAUACAGCAUGGGGAUUAGGCCUUAUAAUUGGCCCAGCAAUUGGGGGCUACCUUGCUCAGCCAGCCAAACAAUAUCCACACAUUUUCCAUGACAAGUCAACAUUUGGGAGGUUCCCAUAUCUUCUUCCAUGUCUUUGCAUAUCAAUUUUCGCAACCUUCGCCCUCAUAAGCUGCAUAUGGCUUCCGGAAACACUACACAAGCACGCGAAGUUUGAAAUGGGAGCUGAAACGGCUGAAGCUGGCACAACUCAGGAAAGUACAGAGUCACCUAAGAAGAGCUUAUGGAAAAAUUGGCCGUUGAUGUCGUCAAUUAUCACAUAUUGUGUCUUCUCCCUUCAUGACACUGCAUAUAGUGAGAUAUUUUCCCUGUGGACUGUAAGUGGUAGAAAAUAUGGUGGACUUAGCUUUUCAUCUAAGGAUGUCGGUCAAGUUCUUACAGUGGCAGGUGUCAGUCUUCUUGUAUACCAAAUCUUUGUUUAUCGUUGGCUCAAUAAUACGCUAGGACCUGUAAACUCAACCCGCAUCGCAUCUGCCCUGUCUAUACCAAUUAUUGCUGCUUAUCCCUUUAUGACACACUUGUCAGGAAUAAGACUUGGUCUGGCUCUCUAUAUUGCAGCAAUGAUUAAAAGCGUUCUUGCUAUAACUAGAGUUUCCGGCACUUCUCUUCUACAAAAUAAUGCUGUGCCACAAGGGCAAAGAGGUGCUGCGAAUGGAAUAGCCACAACGUUAAUGUCUUUGUUCAAGUCUGUUGCUCCAGCUGGGGCAGGUGUUCUAUUCUCGUGGGCACAGAAGCGACAGCAUGCAGCGUUCUUUCCAGGUGAUCAGAUGGUGUUCCUUCUACUGAACGUGACAGAGGUCCUUGGGCUCUUGCUGACCUUCAAGCCUUUCCUGGCAGUCCCACAACACUACAACGGCAACGGCAGCACCCUGUCCACCACGCCCGCACCGGCGCCAACGCCGCCGCGCCCGGACGAGGGUAUCCUGCUGAGCGGGUGCCAGACGAACGAGACCUCCGCGGACGUGCCGGCGUACGAGGCCAGCGGAGGCAAGGCAUGCGGGGCGUUCAGCAGCGCGGUGCAGAGCGUGCUGGCGGCGCACCCGGCGCCGCUGAGCAACCGGGAGCUCGUGGAGAAGGCCAGGGCGGUGCUGGAAGAGCAGGGGUUCGAGCAGCACCCGUGUCUCUACUGUACCGACGCCAACGCCGAGGCACCGUUCCUUUCGCAGGACAAGAAGGAGGAGACAGCGGUGGGCGCGGCAAGCCCGGCCAUGUCGGCGGCGCUGCUGUAGAGCACGUUCAGCUCACGUGCUAUGGAGCGGGCAUGCGUUCCUCAUGUGUCGUGUUUUACUGUUCCUGCGCACGUCGGAUUGGAUGAGGGGCCAAACUCACGUGCUAUGUUGUUUGUGUGUGGGUCAAGUGUAUAAGUGUGUGUAUUAUAUAUACACGGAUUUGUUAUGACUCACUUGCAUAUACUCACGUGUCAUUAUUGUAGAUUCAAAGUCAUGAAAUCUUUACUUA